AUGGAUGCCCGUACCACCCCCAAGCACCCUGUAUACACCGCCCCCACUACGAAAUCAUGGGUGUUCAAGCGCAACUACACCUUCGCCAUCAUCGAUGGCGGGAACGGCAACUUCCACUGCCAUAUAUGGGACAACAUCGUCUGCGCUGUGAACAUCUUUGACCAGGAUGAAUACCACAAGUAUCCCAUCGGUGGCAAUGGCAAGACGUACAACGCGUGGUGUCUGAAGAACCCUCCGCAAGCAUACUAUUAUUGGCCGGGUGCAUACACAAUGGCUCACUGCAUGGUCGAGUUUGGUCCGGAUAGUGGAAUGAACGACAAGCGGUCUGUAGAUAAUUGGGUGGUCAAGAAUAUUACCUAG